AUGAAUUUUGAGAAUAUUGUGAAAUUUAUGGAGAAAUCAGAAGCUUGUUUAAAUUAUGAAUUAAUUAAUGCACCUUUUGUACCUAAUACAUUUUCAUUGUGGAGAGAUGUUGUAUAUGAAAAUGUAGAUUCUAAUUAAUGGUUUGAGUUUGUGAAACAGAUUGACAAAUAAUUAUUUUUAAAAUAUUUGGAGAAGGUUAGAGAAGCAUAUGCAAGAAAACUAUCUUAUUAAGAUUUAAAGUUAAAUGUUAGAUAUGAUUUAGAUGAUUAAAAAUUGAAGAUCAUAUUCGAAAAUAAUUUAAGUAAUAGAGUUUUAAAAUCUUCAAAUAGAAAAAUAAGUUGAUGCUUUAACAGUACAUCUUUCGUAUUAUAAAGCUUAAGUUGAAUAUACUUAUGAUUUAUUAAGAAGAAUACAUACAUAUAAAUUUGUAGAUUAUAAUGUAGAAUAAAUAUAGACAUAGUAAAAAGAUUAAACUUUGUAUUAGAAAUAUUUAGAUAAAAUUGUAAUGAUUAUAUAAAUUCAAUAUAUAGAUGAGGGGAUUCAUAUCAAAUGUUUAAGAUAUUGCAACUGAAAAGAUAAAGGAAUACUGUGCAACUAGAUUAAUAAAGAAUAAUUCAUUUUUGGAAUCAGGGAAAUCAUUUUUUAAAUAAUUCUUAUUUAAUGGAGGAGUUACUGUUGCUAAAUUAAGUAAUAUUAAUUUAGGUUUAUUUGUAUGUAAUUUAAUAAAUGAUUUAGAUUGGUGGAAUAAUAGCAGAAUAAAUUGUCAGUAAAGUAGCAUCGAGUAUGAUGAUAUAGAGGGUUAGUUCAAAAUUAGAUUAAUUGUAAUUGGAACUUGAUUAGAUGAUAAAUGAAUUAACAUAUAUAAAUUCAGAUUUUGAUCAUUUAAUUUAUAGAGCAGCAGAAGAAUUUCCUAGAAAUUUUGAAUAAAAUAAAACAUGUAAUUAUAUAUAUAUAUAAAUUAAAUUAAGUUAUAUAAGCAUUUGUAUAAAAGAAUUAUAAAGUAAAUUUAGGAUCAGAUAUUAUUUAUUGUUCAGAGACAAAUACAAUUAUAUAAAAGAGAAUUGAAGAAGAUUGUGUAAUAUUGAAUGAAGUUGAAUACAAUUUACCUCUUUAAGAAGAAAAUGAUGAAGAUGCAUGUGUCAUAAAAUUUUCAUCAUUUAAUAUAUCAGAUAAUAUUAAUAAAUAAUAUUUUGAUUCUAUAUUUUGA